GUCAAGGUUGUAUUCGCGGUCCCUUCAGCUCCGACGCAGGUACUGCACUCUAAAACAACCGAGGCUACUCGUACAGACAGGACAAGACAUUUUUCUUUUGCCUCCCUCGCCUCCCUCCCGUCUUCAAGGUUCUCCUGCUCCAUAUCUAUCUCUCCUGCCCCACUACAUCAACAGCACUUGCGCAUAGCACCUAUUGGCAUCGGCAUGUCCACGCUCUCACGGCCGACAUUCCAUUGAUAAGUACUAGAGAGAGAGAGAGAGAGAGAACAAAAAAGUUCAGUUGCUCCGAUGUCCGUGGCAAUGGCGUCUCGCUUGGCAGAAAAAUAUAUGUUUAGGCCGGGAGCCUCGAGGUGUCUUCCCAUCGUGAGAGUUGCACGAGUCAAUACUCUACCCCUCAACCUCCAGUCAAAAGCCUUCCAUACGAGUAAGCGUCUCGGAAACGUUCAAGCAAUACCAUCCUCACCACAACCCUCUACCGCCUCCUCCUCCUCCUCCUACCCAGUCAAGAAAUCCCUCCUCCGCCGCACCGCCAACGUCUUCCUCCUCAGCAUCGUCUUCACCACCCUCGGCUUCACUAUGGCCGCCGCGCCCGUCAUCCAGGCCGCAAACGGGUACCUGAACCCGCCCACGGACGAAGAAACCCUCACGAUGUACACACCCGGCGACGACACCCUCUCCCAAGAAGUAGAAACCUUCAUCAGAAACCACCCCCUCGCCAUCUCCCUCCGCGCCCAACCCCAAUUCUCCGAAUCCCGCCCUCACCUCAAAGUCCCCGAAGCGCAACGCUCCCACAGCCUCACAGCAGGGACGCUCAUGGGGCCCGGGAAAGUCGUCGUCCCACCCCUCGUGUUCAGCGAAGAGGGCGGCAAGUCCCUCGUCUCAAUCCAGUACCUAGGUGGCGACCUGUGCGGACACCCUGGGCUCGUGCACGGCGGUAUGCUAGCGACGAUGUUGGAUGAGGGGUUGGCGAGGUGUUGUUUUGCGGCGCUGCCGAAUAAGGUGGGGAUGACGGCGAAUCUGAAUAUUAAUUAUAGGGCGCCGGCGAAGGCGGGUGCGUAUGUGGUUUUGAGGGCGAGGACUACCAAGGUGGAGGGGAGGAAGGCGUGGGUGGAGGGGCAUAUUGAGACGUUGGUGGGGGAGGGGGAGAAGCCGGUUGUGUUGGUGGAGGCGAGUGCGUUGUUUAUUGAGCCGAGACAGGCGGCGCAAAUGGCGAGAGUGUAUCCUGUGCAGUAGAGCGGCAGUGCUUGCUGGAAACUGGCUUGUAAGAGAACCCAGAAGACUUGGAAAUAUGUUAGGUAGUGCAUAUUGGAUAUGGAUAUGGAGUUUAGAGGUAUUAAGUAGAAAUAGAAGGGUCCAUUUAGGUAUAUAGAUGUAUAGAAAGAAAGUCAAUAUUCGAUACUCU